AUGCGGCUGAUUGUCAGCAGGCACAAGAGCAGAUACAGGGAGGAUGGUUUUGACCUGGACCUGACGUACAUCACACCCAACUGCAUCGCUAUGUCCUUGCCCGCAAGCGGAGCAGAAGCACAAUACAGGAAUCCUAUCAUGGAGGUUCAAAGAUUCUUUGAGACCAAGCACAGCAAUCGGUAUCUCAUCUUUAACCUCUGCGCCGAGAGAUCAUACGACAAGGCGUUGUUCAAGGGACAGGUUGUCAGAAUCAAGGUCCAUGAUCACAAUCCCCCUCUGCUAGACCAGUUGCUGGAAUUUCUUGAUCGUGUCACCAAGUGGAUAAUCUUAGACAAGGAGAAUGUGAUUGCAAUACAUUGCAAGGGAGGAAAAGGGCGAACAGGGACCUUCAUCUGUGCGUGGUUGUUGUACUCGUCGAUCGUUAGGACAGGUGAGAUGCUUGUCAGAGGUUGUUGGAGGAGGUGA